AUGUUGCUCAAGAGUGCUACAAAGUUUGAUAUAAUGGAGUUUUUCUUCACUGUGUUAUUGAUUUUGGGUGUGCUUACACCCGCAUUGAGCAUGAGCAGCACAACAACUUUCGAUGUGUUACAAUAUGGAGCAGUUGGAGAUGGACAAACCAACGAUUCUCCGGCCUUUGUGAAGGCAUGGAAUGAUGUCUGUCAAAGCAAUUCACACAUAUCUCUGCUCAUCGUACCAGCAACAAAGACAUUCUUGCUGAAGCCUUUCACCUUCAAGGGUCCAUGCAAAUCUAAUUAUACCUACAUUCAGCUUUUAGGGAACAUUGUGGCACCUAAAACAAAAUCAGAAUAUUCUGGAUUUCACACAAACACAUGGCUUGGCUUCUCUUCCAUCAAUGGUUUAAUUAUCAGUGGAAGAGGGACGAUUGAUGGUCGAGGUUCUGCCUGGUGGCAACAACCUUGCAUAGAAAAUGCCCAGCCAGGGGCAAAAUGCCGUCCACCAACAGCAUUAACAUUCAAUAGAUGCUAUCGCUUCCAACUAAAAGGAUUUACAAGUAAUAAUCCCGCAAGAAGCCACAUAACUCUAACAAGCUGCAAGAAAGGCAUCAUCUCUAACCUCCAUUUAAUUGCUCCUGGAACAAGCCCUAAUACCGAUGGCAUUGAUAUUUCUGGCUCAAAAAGCAUUCAAGUGCUUAAUUCUACCAUUGCAACCGGUGAUGAUUGCAUUGCUAUUAGUGGUGGAUCCACCAUGAUCAAAAUAACCCGUAUAACAUGUGGUCCAGGUCAUGGUAUCAGCAUUGGAUCGUUGGGAACAGGUGGAGAUACCGAUAUUGUGGAGGACGUGCAAGUGAAGAAUUGUACUUUGACUGAAACAUUAACUGGAGUAAGAAUCAAGACAUGGCAGGGUGGAGCUGGAUUUGCAAGGAGGAUCUCGUUUGAAAAUAUUAGGUUUGUUCGAGCCAACAGCCCCAUAAUCAUUGACCAGUUUUAUUGCCCCAACAAAGUCGACUGCCAAAACAAGACUCGAGCAGUCAAGGUGAGCGAUGUAACAUACAAAGGAAUUGUUGGAACAUCAUUGACGGACAAGGCAAUCAAUUUAAGCUGCGACCAAAAUGUGGGAUGCUCCAACAUUGUGUUUGAUCAUGUUUAUAUAAACUCUGCAGUUCCAGGGCAGAAGGUUAUUUCCUAUUGUAAUAAUGCCCAUGGAACAGCCACACACACCAAACCAGUUAUGAACUGCUUGCUGAAGUAG